CCUUCACCUCCCUCCCACCUCCUGCCCCAAAAGUCACCACUGCCCAGACCAGUAAGACCAUCAGGACACCCUAGGAAAGACGAUCGAUUCUGGAGCUCAAAGAGUGCGGAAGCUUUUCCUGAGGCGGCUUGUAAUGACAUGCGAGUGGUGCAAGCUUCAGGAGUCAUGCUGCCGCACGUCACACAUGGGGAUUUGAUUUCAGGGCAGCUCACAGAACAAGUACAGCCAUGAAAUGUGACCUUCUGGCUUCACGUUUGAAACCAAGAAACCAAACUGGUGAAGGGAAGCAAGGGAGAAGCUGACUGGGUCCCUGGGGGGUCACUCCUUCCACCUUAGACCAAAACGAAAGCUUUUCAGCUAAAAAAAGCCACAACAGCUUGACGGCCAUUCUCAGUGAAGGACCCUGCACUCGCUACUGAGCUGUGGCCAUGGGCCUGCUUGCCUUCCUGAAGACCCAGUUCGUCGUGCACCUCCUCAUCGGCUUCGUCUUCGUGGUGAGCGGGCUGGUCAUCAACUCCAUCCAGCUCUGCACGCUGGUCCUCUGGCCCGUGAACAAGCAGCUGUACCGCCGGCUGAACUGCCGCCUUGCCUACUCGCUCUGGAGCCAACUGGUGAUGCUGCUGGAGUGGUGGUCGUGCACGGAGUGCACCCUGUUCACCGACCAGGCCACGGUGGACAGCUUUGGGAAGGAGCAUGUAGUCAUCAUCCUCAACCACAACUUUGAAAUCGACUUCCUCUGUGGGUGGACCAUGUGCGAACGCUUCGGCGUGCUGGGGAGUUCCAAAGUCCUGGCGAAAAGGGAGCUGCUCUACGUGCCCCUCAUCGGCUGGACAUGGUACUUCCUGGAGAUUGUGUUCUGCAAACGGAAGUGGGAGGAAGACCGGGACACCGUCAUCAAAGGCCUGAAGUCCUUGGCUGACUACCCCGAAUACAUGUGGUUCCUCCUAUACUGUGAGGGCACACGCUUCACGGAGAAGAAGCACCGCGUCAGCAUGGAGGUGGCCGCCUCCAAGGGGCUGCCCGUCCUCAAGUACCACCUGCUGCCUCGGACCAAGGGCUUCACCACCGCGGUCCAGUGCCUCCGUGGGACAGUCGCAGCUGUGUACGACGUCACGCUGAAUUUCCGAGGAAAUAAGAACCCGUCUUUGCUGGGGAUCCUCUAUGGGAAGAAGUACGAGGCGGACAUGUGCGUCAGGAGAUUUCCUCUGGAAGAGAUCCCAAUGGAUGAGAAGGGAGCAGCUCAGUGGCUUCAUAAACUGUACCAGGAGAAGGAUGCGCUGCAGGAGACAUAUAACCAGAAGGGUGUGUUCCCGGGACAGCAGUUCAAACCCACCCGCCGGCCAUGGACGCUCCUCAACUUCCUCUUCUGGGCCACGCUCCUCUUGUCUCCUCUCUUCAGUUUUGUCUUGGGCGUCUUUGCCAGUGGAUCCCCCCUCCUGAUCCUGACGUUCCUGGGGUUUGUCGGGGCAGCUUCCUUUGGAGUCCGCCGACUAAUAGGAGUGACUGAAAUAGAAAAAGGCUCCAGCUAUGGAAACCAAGAAUUUAAGAAAAAGGAAUAAUUAAUGGCUGUGAUUGAACACACAUAACCUGACGGUGGUAUCCAGUUAACUCAAUUAAAAACAGAACAACACACCUAGAGCGGGGGAAAAAAAGACACUUAGAAACUAUUUUUCUUAUUAACUGGUGACUAAUAUUGACCAAUAAAACUUGAGCCAAGAGUAAAGCGGUCA